CGUAUCUAUUUUUGUCCAUACUUCCAACCUUCUUAUUCAUCCUCAUCUUCCUCUUCCUCUUCAUCCUCAUCCUCAUCCUCAUCCUCCUCUUCAUCCUCUUCAUCGUACUCAAUGCCGCAAUACUUAGCAAAUGCCCUAUAUGUGAUCCUCUCAUGAAACGCUUCACGGGUGCGCAGUACCCUCUCCGCCUCUGGCGACAGUCUGCUCAAGUUUGGAUCUUGUAUCUCUUUACGAAUAGCGCGCUCCCGUUUACUGCCCCUCGGAUGAGCGCGGGGAAUGUUCGGGACGAUACAGUUUCGACUAAAGUUGUACAAGUCCUCGACCUCCUUUAUCGUCAAGUCUUCUUCGUCGCGAGCAACAACCAGAAAGCUGCCCUUUCCUGCGAACCGCGGCUCGCCCCAAGGGAAUCCAUAUACUUCGUGCUCCCAUUCCUUGGGCUGCAGCCCUAUCCAGAGCGCGUCGAUAACGGGUUCUCACGCCGGUCUGGCAACGUUUCCAUUUUUUCCCAUGCGGCAUCAGGCGGGUAGGGCUUCGCGUGGAGACUCCGCGCCUCAUUCCCAUAAUCGUCAUAUAAGCAUUCGGCCACAUCAGCCUCGACAUUCUCCACGUCGAAACGGGGUGUUUCCGCGAUACAUUGACAAGCUCGAAUUGAGGCCGUCCGCAGACUUCCUGAUCGUCUCGACAAUUCACACGCACGCCCUUCGCAUUCCCGGUUGCAACUGCCGGACCGCGUUUCGUGUCCCUGUUCGAUACACUCCCAUGGCCCGGUAUAUAGGACGAAUAGUAAUCGACGACAUCACAAAAGUCUACUAGCGUGAUAUCUUAGUAGUGAGGCGGGUCGAUGCCUGUUCCCGCUUUGGCUAUGGCGAUAUGGUGGCCAUACCACGUUUCGAAGCGACUGCAGCCGACCAUCGCAA